GGUUCACGCGAGGUAGCGCGAUUUAUUGAGAGCGCGCAGGCAACACGCACGCAACAGCACUUAGAAGAUGGUAACUUUAGCGUUUAGUUUGUAAUUAACUCGAAUUUAAGAGUGUAUGAAGCGGUGGAGAGGCACGUAUUACUAAACAUGGAGUUAUUUAGAGACGACACAGAGUAUACAGAUAUCCAAAUGGUUCAGAGGGUUGUGGAUAUGUUUGAGAGACGUCCUCGUAUGCAAAGGAUAGUAAGAUUUGGCCUUCUUGGUAUGGAAUAUGAUGAAGAUGAUCUAGAUGUUACAGGUGAUGAUGAUGAUGAUGAUGACGAUUAUGAACUUGAGAAUUGGGUACGUCAUCAUCAUCAUCGUCGCCAAAACAAUUUCCGAUACCCGGUGCUCACUGACAAGAACGAUAGAGGAUUAGGUGGGAACCAUACAAGACUCGGCUCUGCUUUUCAGCCUCCACUGCAUUUCUACACUCCAACCUAUGAGCGUCAUCAUCACCCGCCCUCCCACCUUGUAAAAGUUCAGGCAAAAGAGAGUGAUACUGAAAGAAAAGCCAGAUUAUUACAAGAGGCGAAAAAAAGCAAAGAAAAGACUGAGAAGAAGCGGCUUAAGAAACAGAAACAGAAGGAAAGAAGACGUCUCGAGAGAUUGGAGAAGGAAAAACAGAAUCCUGUGAAAAAUGUAGAGGGAACAGAUGAUCCACAACAAUCUAAAGCAGACGAGAGUAAACCAGUUAAUGCUAAAUCUAAAGACGGCAUCAAUACCAGUGUUCAAGAGUCGGCUUCAGCUAAAGAUACAGAGAGCAGUGAUAGUAGUGAAGACGAAUCCAGUGAGAAAGAUAGCGACAAGGAGGACUCAGGAGACUCUGAGGAACUGGAUUUGACAAGUACUUUUGUGAGUAAAGCUGCUCUUAUAGCCAGACGUAAAUUGGAACAGAAGUCCCGGCCUGAGAGGAGGGAGAAAAAGAAGAUCCAAGUUAAAGAAGAAACUAAAAAAGUUCCUGAAAAACCAAAUAAAGACCAGGAUGUUGACAAGAAGCAGGACUCUGCCACACCUAGCACCCCUACGUUUGAAGAUAAUGUAAAAAUGAGUACAGAGCUCGGAGUUAUUGGAAAUCAGUUUGCAAGUGCAGGAGAUUAUAAUAUGGCUGUGAUGUAUUUCACGGAUGCAAUUAGGUACAACCCUACAGAGUUUAAGUUGUUUGGCAAUCGUUCCUUCUGUUUUGAAAAGAUGCAAGAAUAUGAGAAGGCUCUGACUGAUGCAGAGCUGUCUCUCAGCAUGGUUCCAGGCUGGGUUAAAGGCCUGUAUAGGAAGGGCAGAGCGCUGGCUGGUCUAAAGAGGUAUGAAGAGGCUUGUCAGGCCUUCAGGGAGGUUCUCAAGCUGGACAGUGCCUACACAGAAGCUGCCCAGGAACUGAUGAGAGUACAGAUAAUACAACUAAUGGAGUAUGGUUUCAGUCGGGAGCAGAGCUCAAAUGCUUUAAUUAUUCACGGAACAGUAAAUAAAGCGCUGGAGGUGCUGUCCAAAUUAAACCAACAACCAGGAGCCGUUCAAAAUGGCACUCAUCCACUGGUCCAACUAGCGAAUGUCACCGGAACCUCUCCAGUCCUUUCAGCCAACACAAACCCCGCUCCUGCUCAUCAUCAUCAUCCUCCUCCUCGUCCUCAGUCCCAGGAGGCACCAAAAACACCACUGAAGAAUAAACCUUUAGGCCCAGUCCAAAAUAUGUCGAAUGUCCCAAGUGAGCCAAAGCCAGUUACCAAUCAGGCCACGAAGACCAACAGUGAAGACAAACGACCACCACCAGAACUGUUUCCAGUUUGGGUGGGAAACUUGUUUUACCCCGUGACUGAGUCGUUGAUAACCAACGUGUUUAACAAGGUUGGAGCCGUCUAUAGUACGAAGCUUCUGACCUCCAAACGAUGUGCCUUCGUAAACUUUACAAAACAAGAGUGUUGUGAUGAAGCAAUCAGACGUUUUAAUGGCUUUGAGCUGAUGGGCACCAAGAUAGCUGUGAGAUACCCAGAUAGGAUUCCUCAAGGCAUGGGCAUUUCAAAAUCUGCCCUCAAAGCUGAAGACCUGCAAGAUGAGAAUUUGCGGCAGAAAGAGUACGAUGACGGGAGGAAUGCAGGUGGAAGCCGGAGACCUAUUCGCCCUUACAGACACGCCCCCGACCACAGAGGCCCCCAGAAGUACUGAAAGGAAACCAGAUGCCUUUAAGCUGCUGGUCUGACUGUCCUUAUUAAUAAAAGCAGAUCACUUAAAUGGCUUUGCAUCCUCUUGAAGUAAUAUCAGUUUUUUUUUUGUUGUUGUUUUUUAAAUGGACCACAGAAACCAAUGCUUAUUUGGCAGCGAAUUUUAAGCAGGAAUGUAAGUAUUAGUCACUGAAAAGUGAUUUAAAGAAGUCUUUUAUCUGUUUCUGACCAAAAGCAAACAAAUGUGGUUUAAAUAUUUCGUGAUUAUUUUUCAAGUAUUAUUGAUGGCCAAUAUUACAGGUUGUUGUUUUAACAAUUAUGUGUAUGCCAAUAUGCAAACAUUUUUUUGUUUACAGUUGAUAUGCACACUUGGGUGCAAGAGUCCUUAUAUCCUUUUAUAAAAUUCACAUUAUUGUUACGUACUUAAUUACUGUCUAAUGGCUCAUUCAGCUGUUUUGUCUCAAACAAUAUAAUACAGUACUAUCAAACAUUAAUACUGAGGUGAUAUAUCCUGUUAUUAUAUGGAGAUGGCCUCGUUUAUAAUGGAGUUUAUGUUCUGAAAUCAAGAAUUAAAGACUCUUUCAUAUUCUGA